AUGGCGCCCGACGCCGCCGCGCCCGACGGCGACGACGUCCACGACGUCGUGCUCUUCUACGCCUACACCGCGAUCGAGCGCCCGGACGCCGUGGCGUCGACGCUCAAAAGUUUCUUUGCCGAACACGCGGCGCACUUUAAAGGUCGCGUGCUGGUCGCGCGCGAGGGCGUCAACGGCACCGCGUGCGGAUCGCGACGGUCCGGCGCGCUGCCGAUGUUCCAGGCGCUGCUCCGCGAGCUCGUGCCGGGGUGCGAGACGAUGCCUUACAAGACGUCACUCGCGAGCGAGCAAGUGUUCCACGACGCGCGCGUCGAGACGGUGCGCGAACUCGUGGGAUGGGGCGAGCGAUUGGCGCACGAACGACGCGAAAAAGUGGUGCACCUGAGCCCGAAAGAGUUCCACGAAGCGUUGAAGGCGCGCGACGGCGAGGCGACGGUGUUGGAUCUGAGGAACGAAAACGAGAGCAUCGUGGGGAAAUUUAGAGGCGCGAGAUGCCCGGACGCGAGGAACAUGCAAGAGCUCGGACGGUUUUUGGAUUCGGCGGCGCGAGAGAGUUCGGGGAAGGAGGUGUUCAUGUAUUGCACCGGAGGCAUUCGGUGUGAGAAAGCGGCGAUUUAUUUAGAGAAGAAAGCGCCGGAUGUCGCGAAAGUUUAUCAGUUACAAGGCGGCAUUCACGAGUACUUGGAAGCGUACGGCGGGAGCGAGGAAUGUUUGUUUCUCGGGAAGAAUUUUACGUUCGAUAAGCGCGGGGUGAUGCCAAAGAGCGGGAAGGUCGAUUGCGACGGAGAGGUGUGGAACUGUCAGCGAUGUCGAGACGGUGAACCAAAGCUUCGAAGCUGCGCAGUUUGCGUCGUCUGCAGAUUCCCACUCGUCCUCUGCGAGCGGUGUCAAACGUCGACGUCGAAUCGCGGCGAGUGGACGUGUUCGCACCACGCCAAUCUCGAUGGCGUAUACUCCAUGUAUGCUGUCCCUCAUUUAACGGCAGAGGACUUGACGGCGCGGAUCGAACGCAUGAAGUGCAUGGAGCGGGAGCUCUUCGACGCGGAUCCAAAAUCGACGGCGAACAAGCGACGCACGCUUCGCAAAUGUUUUACGCGCAUGGAAGCCGAGCUCAAACGUCGCGAGGCGGGCGGUGCGUGCGAUCGCCGUGACGUCGCGUUUUGUCGCAACUCCGGGCGCGAGCUCGCGACGUGCGCGGGAGAUUGCAUGGGAUUCUGGGGCCCCGGGCACGUUAUCGAAAAGCCGCCGACGACGCUCUGCGGUGUCGACGCGACGUCCGUUGAGUAG